AUGUUGAAGCAUACAGCAUUCUUCAGAAUGUUCGAUCAAAUUGGUCACGUUGGUUUCGGACCGGAGUUUCGUGAUUACUAUUUGGACCGAGUAAAGUAUGGUGGACUCAUCGAACUUUACAGACAGUUCCUUGUGGUCGUGGUCAAACUCAUCAUCGAAUACGCCCAUCUUCCAAGUAACAAUUCGAAGAUUGCGAAGGAUGUAGACGAGGUAAUUGAAUUCGAAACGAAGAUUGCGAAAAUCAUGGUGGCUGAAGAGGAUCGCAAUGACCGUACUAGGAUGUACAAUCUUCGCCGUCUUGCUGAUAUGGAGAAACUGACACCCAUGGUGGGUAAACUUUUAUUGAUGUCGUGCUAUCCCUAA